CUCAUAAGUGUCGUCGCGAUCGCUUGUGUUUUGUGUUGUCUUAUUAAACGAGACAAUGUCUUUCGAGGCUUAAAGCUCUAAGGCAUUUUGUGAAAGAUGAAAAGCAGUCCCACUCGUAAAUAUGAAAAUUUCUCGGACCACCAAGCAAAAGAAACUGACAAAUAUUCACUAGAUAGUCAGGACACCGCCAGCCUGCAUUCGAAUACGGAGGAACGUAGUCGGCGCGGUGCAGGGGACGUGAGCGCAGGCGCCGGCGACAUGUGGAUCAGUGCUGUCGAAAGUUCCAUCCUGAGUUGGGAGGCGGUGGCUGAGCGGUUGCAGGUGGACGUGAGACGAGGUUUGACAUGGAGGGAGGCGAACGAUCGCAUGAACUUCGUAGGGCCGAACGAGUUCCAGGUGAAGGAACAGGAGCCGCUGUGGAAGAAGUACGUCGAGCAGUUUCAGAACCCGCUGAUACUGUUGUUGCUCGGUUCCGCAGUGGUCAGCAUAUGCAUGCGACAAUUCGACGAUGCCAUUUCUAUAACCGUGGCCAUAAUGAUAGUGGUAACAGUAGCGUUUGUUCAGGAGUAUCGAUCGGAGAAGUCGCUCGAGGAGCUCAACAAACUAGUACCACCAUCCUGUAACUGUCUUCGAGAAGGCAGUGUCGAACAUUUCCUCGCUCGCAAUCUCGUUCCUGGUGACAUAAUACACCUGAAUGUAGGUGAUAGGGUACCUGCAGAUUUGAGGCUAUAUGAAUCCACCGAUUUAGCAAUAGACGAAUCUUCCUUUACUGGAGAAACUGAACCGGCUGCUAAGAGCGUCCUGCCCAACAAAGCGUCUGCCGGCAGAGUUAAUAAGGACAAUAUUGCUUUUAUGGGUACCCUUGUUAGAUGUGGAAACGCAAAGGGUAUAGUAGUCAGUACAGGAGAGCGUUCCGAGUUUGGAGAUAUGUUCCGUAUGAUGCAAGCUGAAGAAUCUCCAAAGACGCCUCUCCAACGUUCCAUGGAUACUCUUGGAACACAGCUGUCUAUGUAUUCGUUUUGCAUAAUCGGCUUCAUUAUGGUAGCUGGAUGGUUACAAGGGAAGGCUAUUCAGGAAAUGUUCACGAUUGGCGUGAGUUUAGCGGUCGCUGCAAUACCCGAAGGUUUACCAAUCGUUGUAACGGUAACAUUAGCUUUGGGUGUCAUGCGAAUGGCUAAAAGAAACGCCAUCGUGAAAAAACUACCGACUGUUGAAACUCUUGGAUGUGUAAACGUUAUAUGCAGCGAUAAAACAGGCACUUUGACGAAAAACGAAAUGACGGUAACAACACUAUCGACAUCUGGCGGUCAUAUAGCGGAAGUUACGGGUGCGGGUUACAGCGCUGUAGGAGAUAUACAGUUACGGGCGUAUAAGGGAAGAGAUUUGGAUGUCGCGAGAAUGGGAGUCAAUAGUAUGCUGGAGGUGGGCGUGAUAUGCAAUAAUGCAGUUAUUCGCGAUGAUGUUUUGUAUGGACAACCGACAGAGGGCGCUUUACUUGCCUGCGCCUUUAAGAACAAUAUGCGUGACUUGAGGGAUCAAUACACUAGGCUUAACGAAAUACCUUUUAGUUCCGAGACUAAGAUGAUGGUAGUGAAAUGUGCACCAAAAUUCAACGAUGGAAUAUACAAAGAGGAAGUGUUCGUGAAGGGUGCCAUAGAAAAAGUUUUGCCACUCUGCACGAACUAUAUCGAUAGUUCGGGCAACUACGCGCCAAUCACUAAAGAAAAGCAAGCCGACUUUCUCAACGAGGCGUACAAUAUUGGACGAAUGGGUCUGCGUAUAAUAGCGCUGUGCCGCGGGCCGAGCCUGGAGAGCCUGACGUACACCGGCGUGUGCGGCGUGUGCGACCCGCCGCGGGAGUCGGCGCGGGACGCCAUCGCAGCGCUGCGGCGCGCGCAGGUGGCCGUCAAGAUGCUGACCGGGGACGCGCGCCCCACCGCGCUCGCCGUCGCUCAAAUGGUCGGACUCGAUGUGUUACACUCGCAGUCCCUAUCUGGCGAGCAACUGGACAGUAUGUCUGAUGAUGAACUUGAUGCUAUUAUUGAUACGGUGACAGUAUUCUACAGAGUGACGCCAAAACAUAAACUGUCGAUUGUCAAAUCCCUUCAAAGACUCGGAAACAUUGUAGGAAUGACUGGUGACGGUGUAAACGAUGGCGUGGCCCUGAAGAGAGCGGACAUCGGUAUCGCGAUGGGUCGGAAUGGUACCGACGUUUGCAAGGAGGCUGCCGACAUGAUCCUAGUUGACGAUGACUUCGCUACUAUUAUUUCGGCAAUCGAGGAGGGCAAGUGUAUUUUCUACAACAUACGCAACUUCGUCCGCUUCCAGCUGUCGACGUCUAUCGCAGCUCUAUCGCUAGUUGCCCUCGCCACAUUGUUGGGAGUACCCAACCCUCUCAAUGCCAUGCAGAUACUGUGGAUCAACAUCAUUAUGGACGGCCCGCCCGCGCAGUCGCUGGGCGUGGAGCCCGUGGACCGCUCGGUGCUGCGGCGCCGGCCGCGCGACACGGCGCGCCGCAUCAUCUCGCGCGCGCUGCUGCUGUCCGUGCUGCUGUCCGCCGCCGUCAUCAUCGCCGGCACGCUCUGGGUCUUCAACCGCGAGAUGUCCGAUAACAAGAUAACACCUCGUGACACCACGAUGACAUUCACCUGCUUCGUUCUGUUCGACAUGUUCAACGCAUUGUCUUGUCGUUCGCAGACGAAAUCUAUCUUUCAAAUAGGAUUUUUCACAAAUAAGAUGUUCUUGAUAGCGGUCACUCUAAGUUUAGUGGGACAAAUGUUGGUAAUCUACUUCCCUCCACUCCAGAGGGUAUUCCAAACUGAAGCGCUAACUGGGCACGAUAUCAUAUUCUUAGUCUGUCUUACGUCAAGCGUGUUCAUCGUCAGCGAAAUCAAGAAACUCAUCGAGAGGACGCUAAAGAAACGAUCCUUCGGAAAGUUCUCGACGAAACCACACGAUGCCUUGGAUUUUGUAUGACACGAGUCCGAGAGGAAAAUCCAGUAGGCGGAAUUAGUUUCUGUCACUGUAACGUACACCCAAGGAGUGUACGACACUUACACAACAGUAGCGACACAAGUGUCAGACACUGUGAACUGAACAUCGACAGUGCUAGUGAUGUGAGAGUGUGUUUCUGUGAGAAAAUGAGAUACGGUAUAUCAGAAGUGAGUACACCGGUGCAUUUUAGAAGGGAUAGAAGUAUGAAAUGUGUUUUCAGCGAUAAUUGUCGUUGCGGUGAAGCGUCGGCAUCAAAUCGCGUACCGUUCGCGAUAUAUGAUGGUAAAAUCGAUGUUACUCUAACUUAGACCCGCUUUAUACUGCUGCCUAGAAAAAGUAAUGUAUAUAAAUUUCUUACCCAGUGCACUACACUAUGACGUCUAACUGACGUCAGAAUGACAUAAUUGUAGAUCACGACUUACAUAAGAUUAAAGUAAUUGAGUCAUGAAAGGCUAUUUCCCACUUUUCUUACGGUAUCCAGUCACAUACAUAAGUAUGAUGUAUCUAUUUGCUAUCAUUCUGACCUCAAUGAUGUCCAUGUGAUAUAAUAAUGAUGUAAUAAUGACGGAAUAAUCAUUUUUUAUGUCAAAUUGACGUAAAAUAAUAUUAGACUUAAUAAAGAAAAUUUCAGUUACAUAUAAAUACUUUUAUUUAGACAGCAGUGUUCGCAUCGCAGUAUUUUCUUUUAAUAGCUAAUUCUUUAUUUAAAUGAUUUUAGUUUUAAGUAGAAUUUGGAAUGUAAUAAUUAGUUACGCUUAUUGAUAUUAUUGUUAGAUUUAAAUAGAUAUCGUUGGCUGUUUGAUGCCGAGAAUUUCU